GUAGUAAUAGUAAAUAAGAUUUAAAUUUUUAAUUUUGUACCUAUCUUCAUUUUUUUUUGUUAGGAAAGUCAAGUUUUGAGUUUUGACUUAUUAGUUUUCGAUUUAUUGAAAUUUAAAAGUUGGAAGUGAAAUAAAUUGGUUAUCGUAUUACUUUGUUGUACAAUGGAUCUUUUAGUUUUACUUUCUAUAUUCUCCGCAUCAGUCAUUGUUGGAUUGUUUGGUUUUAUAUUUCGAUAUAAAUUUUUUCAAAGUGGACCUGAAAAUGCUGCACAAGAAGAUCCUGUAGUUAGACCUAGAUCUGGGGUCCGUAUACAAAAUCGUAACACGUUGCGUCGAAACAAUCGUAAUGUUGUAGUGCCAAGAAAUGAAAAUGUUGAGAAUGAAGAUGCUACAGUUGAUCCUACUGUUGUAGCUGUUAUAGAUCCAAAAUUAGGAGCUAAAAAACGAGCAAAGUUAGAAGCCAAAGCUGAGAAAAAAGCCAAACGAGAAGCUGAUUUACAAGAACGUGAAGAUCGUAAAAAAAGGCAAGAAGCAUUAGAUGCAGAAAGGAAAGCUAAAGAAGAUAAUGAAAAGAAACAAGAACUGGAGAAAUUAGCGUUAGAAGAGGAAAAAGAAAAAGAAAAAAAAAGAAAAGAGGCUUUAGAGUAUUUGAAUUUAAAAGAGCAAAUGGGAGUAGUAGAACAAGGCUAUGAAGAGACAUUUGAAAAUCAAGAUGGAACAUUAGAACAAUUCAUUAAUUAUAUUCAGGAAAAUAAAGUAAUUGUUCUAGAUGAGCUUGCUUUAAAAUUUAAAUUAAAAACUCAAGUUGUAAUAGAUAGGAUUCAAAGUUUAUUAGAACAAGGUUCAUUAACUGGUGUAAUUGAUGAUAGAGGAAAGUUUAUUUAUAUAUCACAACCUGAACUUGAUGCAGUUGCUUCAUUUAUCAAAAAACGUGGAAGAGUAUCAUUAACAGAAUUAGCUGAACAUAGCAAUAACUUAAUUGUUCUAGAAAAACCAAUUUCCGCAGUAUAAAUAUAAACAAUUUAUUGUUACUUGGAUAAUAUAUAAAUCCUUAUUUGAAU